AAGGUCUGAUGUGUAUAAAAGGACAUCAGACUCUCUAAUGGACCACAAGGCAGUGAGAUCUCAGGUGUUCAUCUUCUUUAAUCCUUUGGGUUUGAUUCAGCCGAAGAGCUCGAGCAAGAAAGCAAGAUGUCGGCCUGCCGUUUGAUCCUCCUGUCCGCCGUGGUGGUGGUGCUACUGAGUGCAAUCACACUCACUGAAGGGCUACGUUACAACCCUACGGCAACAGCCUGCUGCUACUCCUACAACCAACGUCCACUGAAAGCUAAAAUGGUGGUUAGCUACAGCCUGACCAGCCCGCAGUGCACUAAACAGGCCGUGCUGUUCAAAACCAAGAAGGGAAAGGAUGUGUGUGCCAAGCCCACUGACCAGUGGGUGAAGACGCUCAUCAAGAUCCUGGACAACAAGUCAGGAAGCCAGGGACCCAUCUAAUCAUGUUGACCUUCAUUGUCAUUGUCAUCAUUGUCAUCUUCAUGAUGACUGAAUUCUGUGAUGGGUUUCGAGCAGAUUUGCACAAAGUUUAAUGAUGUCCAAGUCUCUGAAAGGCCACUAACCAUUCACCACAUUAAAGCUACCUAUUAUGCACUGAAUGUUUUCUUUAUGAAUGUGAUACUUUUUGUUUCCUAUUUUUGGGUUUGAUCUUUAUUCUAUUUGUCAAAUUAAUGUUCAGUUUAUUAUAUAUUAACAUGCAUUUGUGAAUAAAGUAAAAUGGCUAAAAAAAUAAAAUGAAGCUAUUCGAAAAUUA